AUGGCUCCAAGCGCGGCGACAAAUAUGCUUGAGCUGACCUCAGGCGAUGAUGUUAACUCUGCCGUUCCAUUACGUUUGGGUGCUGAGCUCAAGGGUCCUGCUCUGGGUAUGGGCAUGACGGCGAUGCGCGAAAAGUCCCAGCCAGAUGCUGAAGCAGCCUCUACUGGCCUGGCCCUGCCACUCCGACCAAGCCUCGCCAGCGGCUGGUACUGUCUGCGCCAAUCCAUCGCAUUGGGCAACAACUUGCCCAUCUGUCCGAUCGGUCCAUCCACGGUCAGGCAACAACAACACAGCGACCGCCUCCACUACUCAACAUUGACGGAUAUGUUCGGUCGGCACUACAGCAGCACCAUCACGUCAACGGACGUUGGCGACGAGGACGUCUCGACUUUGAAGUAUCAGACCAAGAUAUGGCGGCGAAGUGGCCCGCGUCGAGUACAUCGCCUCAGCAGCGCCUGCCACGACUUCUCACCGGGCUGCAUCGAGGGUCAUGCCCCGAUAUCCUCCAAGUACAGCUUGAGGCGGGACUCCAAGGGGCUAACGACCGAGAUGGCAGGCGUUCCAGCAGAGUAG